UUUUCUGAGUGGCGUCAAUAUUUCAAACAGCAAAAGACUGAUGCUAACAAUAAAAAGUUAAAUGGUGAAAUCAACCAAACUACUAAAGAUAUUCCAGUUGGUGUUUUUCAAUUGGUACGUAUAUUCAAAUAUAAUAUAUAUUAAGUUGAAAGCAUGUUGUUUUUCUCUUUUAUAACAUUUAUAUAUAUACGAAUUAAUUCAUUUCAUUUAAUGAUAGUUUCAAUUUGCUGAUUGUAUUGAUAUUCUUCUUAUAAUUCUUGCUCUGUGUUUCAUGUUGGGGGGGUGUAGUUGGUAUUCUCGCAAAUGUAAUUCUUUUUGGUCGAAUUACGGGAUUAUUUGCCACUGCAUCAUUUGCUGUUGAUUGUCAUAAUCAAUAUCAAAAUUUAGCAUCUACAAUUAUCAAUAAUACUGCAUGUCCUCUUGGUAUUGAUCUUAAUCCAUUAAAUUAUGAUCGAUUACAUAAGCUAUGCCAUUAUGAUAAUAAAACUAUUUCAUCCACAUUAGCUCCAUUAACACCUUUAUUUCAUGACAAUGUUAUGGAUCUAAUUUACUGGUUCUUUGGUCUCAGUAUUUUGGCAUUUCUAUGUUGUUUUCUUGAAUAUUUCUGUUGGACAAUUGCUACGAAACGACAAACAUCUCGCAUGAGCGUUUUACUCUUUCGAUCACUUAUUCAACGUGUAACAAUUGCACUUCUUCAUACCAUGAUUUUCAGUAUAAUCAUAUGUUUUAUUCUCAAUUGGCAAUUGUCUUUAAUUAUGUCUUGUAUGAUUCCAAUUAUUCUUGGUAGUUCAGUGAUGUUUGCUAAGAUCAUCACAAAAGAAACAGAAGAACAAUUAAGUACAUAUUCAAAAGCUGGACAAAUCGCUCAAGAAGUAUUUAGUUCAUUAAGAACUGUUCUUUCAUUCAAUGGAAGUAAAUGGCAGCAAAAACAAUAUGAAAAAGAAUUAAAAUUAAACGAAUGGUAUACUGUUCGCAAAGAUGCUGCAUUUGGUAGUUUUACUGGUUGGCUGUUUUUUAUAAAAUUUCUAGUUUAUUCAAUUGGUUUCACUUUUGGUUCGAUUCUUAUGUCUUAUGGAAAUCAUCGUACACUGACCAUUAGUGAGAUUCUUGUUGUUGUGAAUAUGUUUGCACAAGCUUUAGGUUUUCUUAAUUCAAUUGGACCUUUCUUCCAAUCAAUUUCGGAAGCUCAAGGUGCAGCAGUAUCCGUAUUUCGACUUAUUGAUGAGGCACAUGAUGAAAAUAUUAAUGAAAGAGAAAUAUUGCAAGAGAAUACAUCUGAUGAAAAAUCGAUUUCCAAUAUCAAUGGUGAUAUUGAAUUUGAUAAUGUUACUUUUUCUUAUCCAUCUAGAGAAAAUGCAACAGCCUUGAAUAACCUUAAAUUAGUUGCUCGUGCUAAUCAAACAACUGCUCUUGUAGGUUCAAGUGGUUGUGGAAAAAGUACAUGUGUAUCACUUCUUCUUCGUUAUUAUGAACCUUCCUUAGGAAGAAUUAUAAUGAAUGGUCAAUCAAUUACAGAUUAUAAAAUCAAACAAUUUCGUCAAAAUAUUGGAGUUGUUAAUCAAGAACCUAUUCUAUUUGGAAUAAGUAUUUAUGAAAAUAUUCGUUUUGGUAAAUUGAAUGCAACACGUGAAGAGAUUGAACAUGCUGCAGAACAAGCUAAUGCACAUAAAUUCAUUAUGAAAUUACCAAAGAAAUAUGAAACACUUGUUGGUGAACGUGGUAUACAAUUGAGCGGUGGUGAAAAGCAACGUAUUGCAUUAGCUCGUGCACUUGUCAAACAACCCAGCAUUCUUUUGUUAGAUGAAGCGACAAGUGCACUUGAUAAUGUUAGUGAAAAAAUUGUCCAAGAAGCACUUGAUCGAGCAUGCAAAAAUCGUACAACUAUAGUUAUUGCUCAUCGUUUAACUACGAUUCAAAAUGCCGAUUACAUAUAUGUAUUAGAUAAAGGAAGUGUAAUUGAAGAAGGUACACAUGAAACAUUAUUGGCAAAAGAAGGAGGUAAGUAUCAAACAAUGGUCAAAAUGCAACAAUCUGAAACAACGAUUUAUAAACAAGAUAGCUUGAUGAAUAUGGCAAAAGCAGCAGUUGAAGAUGAAGAACAAAUCUUGGGACGUGCUCGAUUAUUGAGUGAGAGCGAAUCAAUUGAUAUAAAUCGGAGAGCUUCUAUACCAGCAAGAGAAAAAUCUAUCUUUCUAAGACUCAUGAAGAUGAAUAGUCCUGAAUGGAUGUUUAUCUUGAUUGGUUGUUUAGCAUGUUUACUUGGUGGAUUACGUGGACCAGCGUUCUCGAUUCUAUUCGCAACAACAAUUAAUGAAUUUAAUGAUUGUAAAUACACUGAUGUACGUCGUCGAGUGUUAAUUGCAUGCGGUUUAUUUCUUCUUACUGGCGCUGUUUUUAUGAUUCUUAAUUUUUUCCAAUUUGUAGCUUUUGGAGUCGCAGGAGCGAAAUUAGUUAGCCGCAUUCGUUCAAAAGCUUUCGGAUGUUUUCUUCGUCAAGAAGCCGCUUAUUUUGAUCGACCUGAAAACAGUUCUGGUGCUAUAUGUACUCAACUCUCUUCUAAUGCAGCUGCUAUUGAAGACAUGGCUGGUUCAAGAUUAGGUGUUAUCUGUCAAGCUUUAUCCAUGUCUUUUUUUGGCUUUGUACUUGGCCUUUAUUAUAACUGGCAAUUAACAAUAAUCAUAUUUAUUCCUUUCGUUAUCAUGAUGAUCAUUACUAUUAUUCAAAUGCGGUUGAGUUCAUGGUUAAAAACACAAUCUGAUCUCAUUCACUCUCAAGCUAGCACGCUUGCUGUUGAAGUUAUUACCAAUAUGCGUACAGUAAAACAAUUAUCAAUGGAAAAUGAAGUUUUACGACAAUAUACGAAUAUGAUUGAUCAAGUAUUAAUGAUUUCUGCUUUUGGAAUGUUCGCAUUAGAAGCACUAAAAGUUGUUGGAAUGUUAGCAAAACGUAUUGGUGCAUCAUAUGCUGCUGCUCACGCUUUUUUUGAUCUAUUUGAUCGAACACCAGCUAUUGAUAAUGGAUCGAAUAAAGGACAAGAAUUAACUAACUUUAGUGGAGAAACAGACUUUAAUCAAGUUAAAUUUGUUUAUCCAAGUCGUCCAGCAGUUCUUGUUCUCAAUAAACUUCAAUUAUCUAUUAAAUCAGGUCAACGUAUAGCUCUUGUUGGUUCAUCCGGAUGUGGAAAAUCAACAAUCGUUCAAUUAUUAGAACGAUUUUAUGAUGUUUCACAUGGAGAAUUGCUUCUUGAUGGUGUUGAUAUUCGAAAAUUAAAUCUUCAAUGGCUUCGUUCUCGUUUGGGUGUUGUUAGUCAAGAACCAGUUUUAUUUGAUUUAACAAUUGCUGAAAAUAUUACAUAUGGAUUAGAAAAUAUACCAAUGAAUGAGAUUGUUCUUGCUGCAACUAAAGCUAAUAUUCAUGAAUUUAUUCAACAAUUACCUCAAGGUUAUGAAACAAAAGUUGGAGUAAAAGGUAGUUUUUUAUCAGGUGGUGAAAAACAACGUAUUGCUAUUGCUCGAGUUCUUAUUCGUCGACCUAAAAUACUGUUAUUAGACGAAGCUACAAGUGCUAUGGAUCCAUAUAAUGAACAAAUAGUGCAAGAAACUCUUGAUCAAGCUCAAAUAGAAGAUCCUAAUCGAACAUCAAUUAUUAUUGCACAUCGUCUUUCAACAAUACGUUCAUGUGAUUUAAUAUAUGUACUUGAAAUGGGUCGUAUAGUAGAAAGUGGUACUCAUACAGAACUAAUACAAAAAGGUGGAAUUUACUAUACAAUGCUAAAUGCUCAAAACAACGUACAAUAA